AUGCAACGCCAACUAGUCUAGAAGUAGAAAGUACUUUAAAUCAUGAUUAAUGAGAAUGAGCAAGAAAAAUAAAAGAGACAAGCUGAAAAGGCAAAUGCAGAUGAGCCUAGUAACAUUAAGCAGCAGAAGUAGGAAGUCAGAGAAAGCAAAUAAAGCACCAGUAAUUUCUAGAUAAAUACUACAAGGUUGAUUAUCACUGGAGUAUAUCUAUUGUUUUUCUACGGAGGACCGAUAUUCAUAUUACCCAACACUCUUCCAUUAAACAAAAAUCUAUACAAAUCGUUUGUCAAUGAGAACUAAAUUGGCUCAUUAAUGUAUAGUCUACUGGGUGGAAGCUUAGAUUUCAGAGGAUCAAGCAUGUACUUCUUCACUUUCAGAGAGAUAUUUAUCUUCAGCAUUGUUGUUUCUUACAAGAUUAUUGAUGCACUUAGACCUAUCAAUAUGUGA